AUGGAAACAAAAGAUCAAGAGUACGAUGUCAUCAUCAUUGGGGCAGGCUGGUACGGUCUUGUGGCCGCCAGAACCUAUUUACGGCUCCGGCCAGAAGCCAAAGUUCUGGUGACAGAUUCCGACAAUACUGUUGGGGGAGUAUGGAGCAGUGACAGGCUCUAUCCAAACCUCGUAGCACAGGUGAAAUUGGGUCUUUUCAACUAUACUGAUACGCCAAUGCCAAGUCACGGGAAGACGCAAAAGAACCUGGUGACUGGAAACAUGAUCCACGACUACCUGCAGAAGUAUGCUGAAGACCAUGAUUUAUUAAGGAGGGUCCGGUUCAACUCUCAUGUCGAGCGAGCUGAGAGAUACAACGGCGGAUGGCGUCUCCACCUCCGGAAUUCAAAGGAUGUCUUGGAUACAAAGAAGCUGAUGGUGGCAACUGGCGUAACAUCGAUCCCAAGUUUGCCGAGUUUUGAGGCCGAAGAUAUCUCCAUCCCAAUCCUGCACUCUCGAGACCUGGGAUCCUCAUCCGAUAAGCUCCAAGAUCCUCACGUCCAGCAUGUCGUAGUCUUGGGGGCAGCAAAGUCAGCAUACGACGCUGUGUACUUACUUCUCUCAAUGGGCAAGAAAGUCACGUGGAUAAUUCGCCCCGACGGCGCCGGGCCGUUGGCCAUUCUUCCCACGGAAGUCUUCGGCCUCUUCAACGUGAUUGCAGUCGCAUCUACCAGGCUGAUGACUUUCCUCAGUCCUUCUAUUUUCAACACGACUGGACCUGGGUAUGGAUUCUUCCAGAAGACGGUAAUCGGACGGUGGUGCACGAGUAAGUUCUGGGACACUCUGACGUACCUCAGCAACCGACAUGCCGGGUAUUUCAAGGGCGACCAUAUCUCUGCGCUUUUACCUGAAAUUGAAGAAAAAAGCAUUUUUUACGCAAACUCUGGGCUCGGUGUCGUCACUCUCCCAGAUUACUGGUCCACCCUCCACGCCGGUGAUCUCUCCGUAGUCCGUGACCACCUCACCAAAAUCAAAGGCCAUGACCUGAUCCUGCGCUCCGGUACAUCUAUCAAAGCGGACACUGCCGUCAUGUGCACAGGCUGGGGUGACCACUUUGCCAUGUUCGACCCGGCCACGAAACUCGAGCUCGGUUUGCCUGCUUAUAACAUGGAGACCGAGGCAACUGAUAUAUCGAAGGAGAUGUUAUGGAAGAAAUGGGACGCCGAAGCCAUGAAGUCGGUUGACGCGAAGCUUCCGUUUUUGGCCAAGACUCCAGACCUGAAGAACCCUAAGGUCGUGUCGCAUGGCGUACCGAAACGCUGGAGAUUGUAUCGCCGUGUCGUGCCGCUUGACUUGGCUAUGAAGAGCGAUCGGUCGCUUGCCAUCUUGGGCCAGAUCCAUACGGUGCAGACCCCCUUGGUAUCGGAGAUGCAGUCGUUUUGGGCCAUUCUGUAUCUACUAGGAGAACUCGAUCUCCCGGAUUACGAUACCAUGGCCAAAGAGGUGGCGGAGUGGAAUGUUUGGACUGCGAAGCGAUACCUGAGUCAGGGUCAGAAGCACCCGUAUUCGCUUUACGACUUCCUUCCCUACGUAGAUACUCUAUGUAAAGACCUUGGCAUAAACUCGCGACGCAAGGGGAGCUUUUAUGGUGAGAUCUUUUCUCCAUAUAAGCCGGAGGACUUCAAUGGCUUCAUUGAUGAGUAUCUAGAGAAGCAAGGCAAGGCGAAGCCGGCAGCUUUGAAGGCCAAUGGGCUCCAUUAA